AUGCGCCGGCCGGGCCUGCCCCUCCGAGGCGCCGUAGCGCGGGAGGGAGGUGGCGGCACUGUGGUCCGUCGGCCCGGGGUCCGUGGGUCUGCCCGGGCGCCCGGCCCCGCCCUGCGCCCCGGGGUGGCUCCGCACCAUGGCCCGAGGCGGCGGCGGCGGGAGGCGGCCCGGGGGCCGCGGGGGCCGCUGACCCGGCGGCGGGAGGCGGCGGGGCCCGACCAUGGGGGACGGAGCCGUCUGCAGCCGCCGGAGCCGGGAAGCCAGCCCCAGCCGGAGCAGCGCCCCCUGCUGAGCGCCGGGCCGGCAGCCGGAUGCCCGGGCCCAUUGGGCGGGCCGGAGGCCGCCUGCGGGAUGAGCAGACUGCUGGGGGGGACGCUGGAGCGCGUCUGCAAGGCGGUGCUCCUUCUCUGCCUGCUGCACUUCCUCGUGGCUGUCAUCCUCUACUUUGACGUCUAUGCCCAGCACCUGGCCUUCUUCAGCCGCUUCAGCGCCCGCGGCCCGGCCCGUGCCCUUCACCCCGCUGCCAGCAGCAGCUCCAACUGCUCCCGGCCCAACGCCACGGCCCCCAGCUCCGGCCUCCCUGAGGCCCCCAGUGUCCGGCCUGGCUCCACGGCUCCCAUCCUGCCGCCCUGUCCCGACUCGCCGCCUGGCCUUGUGGGCCGACUGCUGAUUGAGUUUACCUCGCCCAUGCCACUGGAGCGGGUGCAGAGGGAGAACCCCGGUGUGCUCCUGGGUGGCCGCUACACACCGCCCGACUGCACCCCAGCCCAGACGGUGGCAGUCAUCAUCCCCUUUCGACACCGGGAGCACCACCUGCGCUACUGGCUCCACUACCUGCACCCCAUCCUGAGGCGACAGCGGCUGCGCUACGGCAUCUAUGUCAUCAACCAGCAUGGUGAGGACACCUUCAACCGGGCCAAGCUGCUCAACGUGGGCUUCCUAGAGGCGCUGAAGGAGGACGCCACCUAUGACUGCUUCAUCUUCAGUGACGUGGACCUGGUCCCCAUGGAUGACCGCAACCUGUACCGCUGCGGCGACCAGCCCCGCCACUUCGCCAUCGCCAUGGACAAGUUCGGCUUCCGGCUGCCCUACUCUGGCUACUUUGGAGGCGUGUCGGGCCUGAGCAAAGCCCAGUUCCUGAGAAUCAAUGGCUUCCCCAAUGAGUACUGGGGCUGGGGUGGUGAGGAUGACGACAUCUUCAACCGGAUCUCCCUGACUGGGAUGAAGAUCUCACGCCCAGACGUCCGCAUAGGCCGCUACCGCAUGAUCAAGCACGACCGGGACAAGCAUAACGAGCCCAAUCCUCAGAGGUUUACCAAGAUUCAGAAUACGAAGCUGACCAUGAAGCGGGACGGCAUCGGGUCAGUGCGGUACCAGGUCUUGGAGGUGUCCAGGCAACCGCUCUUCACCAACAUCACAGUGGACAUUGGACGACCCCCAUCAUGGCCCCCCCGGGGCUGACACUAAAGGACAAAGGCUCCCGUGCCGAGGAUUGCUGGCCAGAGGACUGACCUUCAGCCUGGCUGGCGGCUGCUCUGUGGGAGAUCCCCCAGGACUGAAACUGUGGGCUCUGUUUUUCUGAGGGUCUUCAAUUGGCCCUCCCAGCUGCACCUAGAAAUUUCAGAACCUACUUUGGAGGGGCUUCCAUCCUGAACAGGCCCCUCAAGUUGGCGGGGGGGCCUCUGGGGUCAUUCCUCCUCACUCCUCCCUCCCCAGCCGAGCCCCCCUUACUGUCAGGAUUGGGCCAGCCCCUGCACUGCCUCAUGGAGUGGCCUGGGCUAGGUCACUCCACCUCUCUGUGCCUCAGUUUCCCCUCCCUUGAGUCCCCUAGGGCCUGGAAGAAUGGGAGGUAUGACUCGGGGGCAGUGCCACUUCCAGGGGGACUUCUCAGACCUGGGGAUCCCCCUUGCUCCCAGGGGAGGGGAAACCUUUUUCAUUCAACAUUGUAGGGGGCAAACUGGUGGCCCCCUGCUGAGGAGCAGCCCCAGGAGGGGACCAGAGGGGGUGCUGUGUUACUGCCUGGGAUCUUGGGGUUGGGCUUUGCAUGGGUGGCAGGUAGGGCUUGGAUCCGUCAGUCUGGUUCCCAUCUCCCUGUCUCAGAGCAAAGGCAGUAGCCCCAGGGCUAGCUUGUGUUUGUACAUUGCACAGAAACUUGUGUGGGUGCUUUAGUAAAAAACGUGAAUGGA